AUGUUGCAGAGACAAAGUGCCUAUACACAGUGCUAUCAGCUACAAACAGAGGCUUCAGCUCUACAAGACGAAAAAGAACAAAGAGAGGAAUUGCAAAGAGUAAAAGAAGAGUUAGAAAAGGAAAAACAAGAGUUGGAAGAAUUUACAAAGGGUCUGAGAGAGGAAUAUGAAAAAAUCAAAAAUGAAUUAGAUGAAACGGUACAGUUUAUGAGGAAAGUGGAAGAGGAUAAACAGCACCUGCAUGAAACAUCAGAAAAACUACAACAACACUUAGAGGAUUUAGCCAAGGAAAAACAAAAGGUCUUAAAUGAAUUAAAAGAGAGAGAGGAAGUUUCUCAGAAACUAACAGAGGAAAAUGUCAACUUAUCACAGACUACAGAAGAUCUGAAAAAUAGUAUGAAAUCUGUAGAUGAAGAGAAAGAGAAAGCUCUUCAAGAGCUUCAGAGACAUGCAUCUGUCUCAGAGAAACUGACUCUAGAGAAUUAUAGUUUGCAUCAAACAUCAGAGGAACUAAAAAACAGUUUGCAUUUAAUUGAGGAACGAACCAAGCUUGUAAUGUCUGAAAAAAUGGAUGCAGAGAUGAAAUUAAAGGAGAGGGAAGAGCAGACAAAGAUGUUAGAGGAAGAAAAGCAAGCCUAUAAUGAGCAAGCAAAAGAACUUCAGGAAUCUAUCAAGGACCUUAUUUCUCAAAAAGAAACUGCAGAAAAGGAGUUGAAGGAAGAAGUACAAGCUAGGAUUGAAGCAGAAAAGCAGCUGAAGCAAGCGGAGGAGGCUCUGUCCAGACUUGGGAAGGCUGUAAUUGAAGGAGGGAACAAGUAUUCAGAUGAGACCAAGGAAGAAAUGGUUACUGAUGUUGCAAAGCUGAAAAGAUACUUUGAAACUGUUGCGUCAGAACAAAAGAUUGAGUGUCAAAUGCCAAUCAUCAUGAAGAAUGCAGUGUAUGCAAAGAAGAAUUAUAUGAGAAGGGCCCAAACACUGAAGCUAAAUAGAAAGAAGAAGGCAAGAUCAACAGCAGAAGAGCCAGCCAGUCCUGCUGGGGACCUUGCCUUUCUGUACAAUGACAAUGGGAAUCUCACCUCUUCCGAGAUCAAACGUGCUGCUACCUUCAUGGUCAGAGAUCCACACAUACGACAGUCAGCUAUGGCAACAUUGGGUCACUUUUAGUCUCAGAGUUCUCCGUAAAAAGAAAAAGAUAUGAGGUGCACUGAUGAGUAUCUUUCUCUCUUUUAAUUAUGCAGCGUAGAACUGCGAUCAUUUUAAUAGUCACAGAAUUAACAACCUUAACACAGAAAUUUUCCACAACUGUCACACCUGUUAAUAAAAGCAAAAAAAAGCAAGCAGUAUUUUAUUGAUAGUAAUAGUAUAAUGACUUAUUGCAACUUCAGUAACUGUAAUAUGUCUACAUAUAGAUAGAUAGACAGAUAGAUAGACAGAUGGCCAUCUUUGCUACGUUCAAAUUCAUAAGAAGUAAUAGUAUGCUGGUAUUGUCAACUGUUAUAGGGCAUUUAAUACUAGAAAUCAUCUUGCCAUGAAAAUGUAGUUCUUUUAAUACUCAGGGAAAGUACGGUAAUGGUUUUUUUUUUUUUUUUUUUUUUUUUUGUAUUGCUGAAAAGAAAUGCACUUUUUGUGAUUAUACUGCUAUACUUUCUUAUCUUUCUGGUGGCUCAUUAAAUAAAUAUCUGUUAAAAAGGUUUGUGCAUUUUGUGAUAAUUUUUGCACAUUUCUUUAAUUAUAUCCAAGAAAUGAGUGGUUGUUAGAGCAGUUUCUGGACAAAAGACAAGACUCUCGAGAAUGAGAUGUCUUCUAAUUGACAAAAGUUUGAUAUUCUUGAAAGGUAUUUGCAAAGGGAUUAUGAAUAAAUACUUUAUAAAAUAUUUGGAAUCUUUUUUCCACUUAAUUCAUUUUUUACAGCAAAAAAAUCAAAAUGACUGAUCUUCUUUAAAAAAAUAAUGAAAUAAGUAUUUGUAGUAUCUUUUGUAAUAUACACUACUAGUCAUUUCAACAUUAAUUUAUUGAUAACUGGGGAAAUGGUUGAGUUUGAUCAUAAAGAAUAUAAUCAAACUCAUUGCACAUUUAUGACUUUAUAUACUUAUAUAAUGCAAGUGUAACUGGCAAUGACGAUUCAUAUAGGUUAAUACUGUGCUGUUGUGCUGUUACAUGUCUGUUGAUUUAACUUCUAAUCUAGAUUAUGCAAUGUGAUCCUGAAAUUUGAAUAUCACUUUGAUACAAGAUAAUUUAUAUUUUCAUAUAUGAAGAUUUUUCACUCAUUGUUACAGCCACAUACAUAAUUGUUCAUAUAAUGUUAACCAUGGGUAAUUUCACAUAAAAUAUAAGGUACAAAAUGGUCACAGUGUUUAGAUAUAUUAUGUUAAUAUAUUUUAUUAUUUAUUAGCUUGCAUCCUUGUAAAUUAUUUAAUGUGUCAAAUAAUAUGCUAAGUUUGAAACCUGUUGAAAGAUUUAUUUAAAUCAAAAAUUAAAUAACAAGUUUUUUUUUUUUUUAAGGAUAAAGUCCCAAAUUGAACUAUUAGCUUUUUGCCAUGGCUGAAAAUUUGUCCAAACGUUCCUAAACAUAAAUGCCAUUUCCUAUGAGGAAUAUAUGCAUUUGUUAUUUUACAAAGUUAUACUCACUUUUUCAUGAUGUCUCAACCAAUUAAUACUAGAUUAAAAUGAGUACAUGAGUGUCAGGCAAACUAUCAGGUUAUCUAACAUCUGUCAAGUUGCACUUGAAGAAUUGUGCUUAAAUAGAUGCAUUUCUUAUUUUGAAAAAUUUACGUUGAAGUUGGAAGAUUGCUGAACUUGAUUUCAAUAAUCAGUGUUGCUUAGUUCAGGAAUGUUUUUCUUUCAGAUAAAUAUAUAUAUUUUUUAAUUUAUGAUUUGCAAUUAAGAAAUUUUUUUUUUCUGUUAACACUAAGUGAAAUAUUCAGAUAAUCAUAACAUAUUAUUAUCGUUAUUACUGAUUUGGGCCUAAAUUAGUGCAAUUAUCAUUUCAUAACUGACAGUUACGAGACCUUGGUAUCUGCUGAUUCCUUUAAUAUGAUAUUUUUUAG